GCGCGGCUUCCUGAGCGUCUGGUGGCGGCCGCCAUUUUGUGGUGCCGCUUCCCUCUCCCGCUCGGGAUCUGCGGCCGCGGGACCUGGCGCGGGGGCGACGCGGAGCGGGGGGAGCCGGGGCCGCCCGCACCCUCCUCACCUUCCCUUCGCCUCCGUGCGCCGCCGAGCCCCUCCGGCGCUGCCCCCGGGCGCGGCUGCGGAGAGCGGCGCUCGCCCACCAUCAUGGAAGACGACGGGCAGCCCAGGACCCUCUAUGUAGGAAACCUCUCCAGAGAUGUGACUGAGGUUCUCAUACUUCAGUUAUUCAGCCAGAUUGGACCAUGCAAAAGCUGUAAAAUGAUAACAGAGCAACCCGAUAGCAGAAGGGUCAACUCUUCUGUUGGAUUUUCUGUUUUGCAGCAUACAAGCAAUGACCCUUAUUGCUUUGUGGAAUUUUAUGAACACAGAGAUGCAGCUGCUGCAUUAGCUGCUAUGAAUGGGAGAAAAAUUUUGGGAAAGGAAGUCAAAGUAAACUGGGCAACAACACCAAGUAGCCAGAAAAAAGAUACAUCCAAUCACUUCCAUGUGUUCGUUGGGGAUUUAAGUCCAGAAAUAACAACAGAAGACAUCAAGUCAGCAUUUGCUCCUUUUGGUAAAAUAUCGGAUGCACGGGUAGUUAAAGAUAUGGCAACUGGAAAGUCAAAAGGCUAUGGUUUUGUAUCUUUUUAUAACAAACUGGAUGCAGAAAAUGCUAUUGUACACAUGGGAGGCCAGUGGUUGGGAGGCCGCCAGAUCAGAACUAACUGGGCAACAAGGAAACCUCCAGCCCCCAAAAGUACACAAGAAAAUAAUACAAAACAGUUGAGAUUUGAAGAUGUAGUAAAUCAGUCAAGUCCAAAAAAUUGUACUGUGUACUGUGGAGGAAUUGCCUCAGGGCUAACAGAUCAACUUAUGAGACAGACUUUUUCACCUUUUGGACAGAUUAUGGAAAUAAGGGUGUUUCCAGAAAAAGGUUACUCAUUUGUCAGGUUUUCUACUCAUGAAAGUGCAGCACAUGCUAUUGUUUCAGUUAAUGGAACCACAAUUGAAGGACACGUUGUUAAAUGUUAUUGGGGUAAAGAAUCCCCUGAUAUGACUAAAAACUUCCAACAGGUGGAUUACAGUCAGUGGGGACAAUGGAGUCAAGUAUAUGGAAAUCCACAACAGUAUGGGCAAUAUAUGGCUAAUGGGUGGCAAGUACCAUCAUAUGGAAUGUAUGGCCAAGCAUGGAAUCAACAGGGUUUUGGAGUAGACCAAUCUCCAUCUGCUGCCUGGAUGGGUGGAUUUGGUGCUCAGCCUGCCCAGGGACAAGGUGCUCCUGUAAUACCUAACCAAGCUGGAUAUGGUAUGGCAAGCUACCAAACGCAGUGAGCUGGGACUCUGUUUAAAAGUGUGUAUUUCAUGAUAGGCUGCAGUUUCCAGUGACAUUCUGAAGACUGGAAUGUAGACAAUGAAAAAAAAAAAAAAAAGAAAAUAUUUAUUUUAAAAAUGGAAAUGUUUGGAACCUUUAGCACAGCUUUGCUUUGGUGAAGGACACAAAUGUCUUCUAGUUCUGCCUUUUUAAGUUUUUGUUCAUGAUGGAUAUGAACAUGUUUUUCUUUGUGUACAAAAAUGAAAAAUAAAGUCAAUAAAGACAAUUCUGACUACAAAUUUUGAUAUAGUAGGAGAAAUGGCUAAUGAAUUUGAUCUUUAGGUUACCAUUCCUUUUUUUUUUUUUUUUUGUUUUGUUUUGUUUUGUCUUCAGUGUUUUAUAUCAUUGUGCUUUUAAAAGAAAUGACGUUGAAAAACAGCGAGUUGCUUUUAGUUGAACACAGAUCCUGAAAUAAACUGUGGACCAAUCACUACAACCUGCAAGACAGUAUUGAGUUUUCAAGAAACCUAUGGACAUAGCUCAAAGUAUAUGUAGGUCUUGGAAUAAUUUUAUAAAAAAAAUAUUUAAUUUUUUUACAUGCUUACAGAAAACAGCUGAAACAAUGAAUAGCUCAGUCUGAAAUGAAAAACAGUACUGUCUGAGAAAUUUCACAUAACUUUUACUGUCCACAUUCAGGCACACGUGGAAACUUUUCAAAGCUGGUUUGCUUGUUAAAACUGUAGUUUACAUUUAAUUUUGAGAAGCAAAAGUGUUUUUACAAGUAUGUUGUUUGUAUUCAAAUCAGACAGUCAUACUUGGGCUUUUACAUAAAGUUUGAAGGCUACACAUUGUAAAUAUUUCAUAAUUACAGUGUUUCAAAAGCAUGCUCAAACAUAGAAGUAGCAAUGUAAUUAUUCAAAGUAAUACUUAAUAUACCCUACUGCUUUAAAUGCAGUAGAUUGACAAGAAUGUGCAAGACUGACAUUUCCAAAGUUGGCUAUUAUGUAAAGUUACAUAAAGAACUAUAACAAAGAGCCUUAAUUUUAAUUUCAUAAAUCUUUAAUGCAUCACCUUUUUGUCAUUAGAAAUACAAAUUUUUUGCUUUACAUUAUUUGGUAUGUAAAUACCUUGGUUAACAACCUUGUAAACCUAUUUCAAGGUUAUUAUAAGUUGUAUAGUAUCUUGAGUGUUUUGAAAAAUCUUGAUGUUUUUUAAGUCUAGAAAUAUUUUGCCCAAGAAUUUUUUAACAAGAUUGUUAAAAACAUCUUAUUUUAGAGAAUAUUCAAUGUGCCAUUUGGUAAAUGGAGAUGCAGUUGAAACAGUACACUGAGUUGUGACUUAUUUUUAAUUAAAGUUUUUGUCUUUAUGGGUGGUUUGCAUGUGAUGAACUUGUACAGAGGCUGGGUUGUUUGUGUACUGAGUGUGUAAAUGGAUAAAUCAUGAAGAUGUUUAAAUGGUAUACUUGGGUUAUUUCUGAAUUAUUUUAUGGAUACCUUGAUAUAAACUGCCUCAAUAAAUUUGAAGUUGAAAAUGAA